AUGGCUAUGAUUCGUUUGCAAAAAAAAAAAAAAAUGAAACAGUCGGGAUGUAGUCAUGCGGUUCGACAAUUUUAUCAAACAACAACCCUACACGGCUUUAAGUAUUUAUGUUCAAAAUAUUAUGCCGAUCGCAUUGGGUGGCUUAUUUGCUGCUGUGCCAGCGCAUGUUGUGCGGGUGUUCUGUGUGCUGUAUUAUGGGAACGUUUCCUGGAGGUACCCGCACUGCUCACUCUACAUGAUUUACGUGGUCAGCAAGAUGCAGUCAAGAUGCCGCUAGUUGCAGUGUGCCCUCCGGCUGAAACUGUCGCUCACAUGUUUCAGAAGAAAUUGUUAAUAAACGCAAACGUCACAGAUCGUCUUCAGACUAUUUUAAAUCAUGUUCUUCGAAGAAAGGACACACACAAUGACCAUCUAGUUAUUCUGGAAGAAAUUCUCCUCAAAAACAAUUUGACUCUACCCGAAGCUUUAAUGGAAGUUAUGCCUCCAUGUCACAGUAUAGUUAAAAACUGUCGCUGGCAGUCUAUUAUGAUACCUUGUGGGAAAUUGUUUGAAAGGGAGUUAACUGAAUGGGGCGUGUGCUGCUUGUCGCGGCCUAAGAAAUUGAAAAUCACGGAAUCUGAAAUAUCUCGAUUAGAAGCAAAAAGGAAGCUUCAAAUAGCAGUUCAGUGUUCUGAUCAACCAUCAUUACAGGGGUGCGAGUUUUACACGAAAUUUAAAGGUGAAGAAUGGGUUGAACCUAUGUCAUUGUCUCCUGGCCAUAACUACAUCGCUCAGAUGACUUUUACCUCGGUAGUGGACAGUGAUCCUGAUAAACUCGUGGAAGGAACUUGCAGCACUAGCGAUGGAUAUUCAAGAAGUAGAUGUUUGCUAAAAUGUAAGGAGAAGUCAUGUGGCUGUUCAGAUCCGUUACGAAGUAAAAACCAAAAUGAAGAGAUUCCUCCACCGUGUUUGGUCACACAACUGAGCUGUUUAAGACGUUUUAACUUUGAAAAUUUUACGUGUAAAUGUUUGCCAUCUUGCAAGAAAGUAUCUACAUUCUUAGCUUUAGAAUCGAGUCCUAUGAAUGCUUUUAAAUAUACUCAUAACGAAAUAUACGCCGGUCUAAACGAAACUACAAGUUCUGUUCUUCUGAUAACAGUAAGGAUUAGUGGUUCCAGAAUAUUCGUAGUCAAUCCAACAGAAACGUGGAUUACACUACUGUCAUCUUUAGGUGGAGUAUUCAAUAUGUUUCUAGGAGUAGGGCUUUUUAGUGCAUUAGAAAUUAUGUUUCUUUUUUUUGUAAGAUUACCGAUUGCGAUACGCAGAUCCACUGAAAUAAAAAUUCCUACUAGUGUAGGAAAUUAAUAACAGUUUAUUAUUAUAUAGAUUGUUAUUUGUAGUGAAUAAAACGCUACCUCUAUAUAAAAUCCUAGAAAAUAACGGCUUUACUAUAAAUUAAUUUUAUUACACGAAAAGGCGUGUAUAAUGCCUAAAUUUAGUAUAUUAAAU